AGAACUUAUGCACCGGUCACUUCAAUGUCGGGCAGUGCUUCCUUGCAUGCAGAGAGAGAGAGAGAGAGAGAGAGAGAGAGAGAGAGAAGCGGAGGUCACACGUCUUGCAUUUCAGAGCUUGGGUUUCAAGAUUCAAGAGAGCUUGAGAGGAUCUUUUAAUGACUACGAGUUGGUUUUCACCGUUAAUGUAGUUGGGUUUUGAACUUAUUUAUUGGAAUCUCAGUUGGGUUUUGGUUCUCAUCAUAGGAGCAAGCUUAAGGCUAGCUAGCUCUGGUAGGUGGGUCCUAAAGAACUUCUUUGGAGAAGCUUGAUUGAAGCUCACCGGCAACCACCUGAGAAAGCGAUCAUGGGCUCUGGAUUGUGGCGGUGGCGACUCAUUAAUGCCGCCCUCUUUGGAAUUCUUUGUUUUCUUCAUCUCUCUUACGGUCAAAAAGUACCAAAUUACACGUUUGUUCACCAAGCAACAGCAGCACCGGCGGUGUCAUACUACGACUACAUAAUCAUCGGCGGCGGAACUUCCGGCUGUCCCUUAGCCGCCACUCUCUCUCAUAAUGCUAGUGUCCUGUUACUAGAGAGAGGAGGUUCUCCCUACGGCAACCAAAACAUAACCAACUUGGGAUCCUUCAGUGCCACACUCGCUGAUACGUCUCCUUCUUCUCCUUCCCAACGUUUUGUCUCUGAAGAUGGUGUAUUCAAUGCUCGUGCUCGAGUUUUAGGCGGCGGAAGUUGCUUGAACGCUGGGUUUUAUACCCGAGCCGGCACUGAUUAUGUUAGGGGUGCUGGCUGGGAUGGGAAACUUGUGAACCAGUCUUACCAAUGGGUGGAGAAGAUAGUUGCCUUUGAGCCACCUAUGCUUCAGUGGCAAACUGCAGUUAGAGGUGGUUUGAUUGAAGCUGGUAUAUUGCCUUAUAAUGGGUUCACUUAUGAUCAUAUUUAUGGAACUAAGGUUGGUGGAACCAUCUUUGAUCGUGAUGGCCAUCGACACACUGCUGCUGAUCUGCUUCAAUAUGCCAACCCUAGACUCCUCAGAGUUCUUCUACAUGCCACUGUUCAUAGGAUCAUGUUUAGGACCAAAGAAAAUGUGAGGCCGAGAGCCCAUGGAGUAGUGUUCAGAGACGCAGCAGGAGUUAAGCACAGAGCGUACUUGAAGAAGGGAUCAAUGAAUGAGAUAAUUCUAUCAGCAGGAGCUAUUGGAAGUCCACAGCUGUUGAUGCUAAGUGGGGUGGGACCAGCACAGCACCUUAGGUCCCACAACAUUAGGCUGACAUUGGAUCAGCCAUUGGUGGGCCAAGGAAUGGCAGACAACCCCAUGAAUGCCAUCUUCAUACCUUCUCCCAAUCCUGUUGAGGUCUCCCUCAUUCAAGUAGUUGGUGUUACUCGUCUAGGAACCUAUAUUGAAGCUGCUAGUGGUUCCAAUUUUGGUUCUCCAGGCUCAGCCCCUCGAAGAGAUUUUGGGAUGUUCUCCCCUCAGACUGGGCAGUUCUCUGUUCUACCCCCAAAGCAGAGGACACCAGAAGCCAUAGCAAAAGCAACAGAAGCAAUGAAAGCUCUCAGUGAUGAAGCUUUCAGAGGAGGGUUCAUCAUAGAGAAGGUCAUAGGUCCUGUGUCAACUGGGCAUCUAGAGCUCCGUAAUACAAACCCAGAGGACAACCCUUCAGUCACCUUCAAUUACUUCACUAAACCAGAGGAUUUACAGAGAUGUGUUGAUGGGAUUUCAGUCAUAGAGAAGGUAAUCCAAUCCAAAUCCUUCUCCAAUUUCAGGUACCCAUAUCUCUCCAUUCAAACUCUUGUCAACAUGACAUCGAAUUUCCCUGUGAAUUUGCUUCCAAGACACGACAACGAUUCGACAUCGUUGGAGCAGUUCUGUAAGGACACUGUGAUGACUAUAUGGCAUUAUCAUGGAGGAUGCCAAGUGGGUAGUGUUGUUGAUCAGGAUUAUAAGGUUCUUGGGGUAGAUGGAUUAAGGGUUGUUGAUGGCUCCACCUUCCAUGACUCCCCUGGUACUAAUCCUCAAGCCACUGUCAUGAUGCUUGGAAGGUAUAUGGGAAUUAGGAUUCUUAAUGAGAGGCUUGCAAUGAAGAGAAGGAAUUAAGACAUUAUCACAAGGGGAGGGAUGUCCAGGUUUUGAUUAUUGAGAGAUCCAUUUUUAAGUGUUUCUGGGUGUCUCAUCGAGUAUUAGGAAUAGUUUUUUUCUUCGAAACUAAAGUGUUAAGGAAAUGGCUUUUGUGCAGAGGUGUUGGAUUACAUGGAACCCCAAUAUGUAAGGAAAACAUCUGUUGUUGUUAUUAAA